CUCGCCCAGAGGAAAAGUGGUGUAGUUGAAGAGAUCUGCGCUUUCUGCCCCGUUUGUGUGCCGCAGUGCCUUGUGUAUGUGUGUGUGUGUAUAUAUAUAUGUCUAUAUAUGUGUGUGUGUGUGUGUGUGUUGAGUCGAAUGCAGCCUACGUGCAGACUUGCUCGGGCAGCGAUGUGUGAGCAGCACGUAGACGGCGGGGGCAGCGUAUCGGACUCCCGUGAUCAAAAUACACGGUCCCGGGAGAGAGAGCGGUUUUGUUGUAGCGAUGAUUUUAUCGCUCGCGCUCGGAGACGCGGCCGUAAUUGCGGGCAUGACGUUAGCGAGGCACCCAAGACGCCAGAAUAGCCGAAAAGGACGCCUCGCUUCUGCUUUCACUCGCCUAAUCCGAGGCUGCUGACUCGAGUUCCCUACGGCGAGAUUGGGACGGCCGGGCGUUCGGCGGAGAACAUGGAUAAAACUUUGCGCGUUCUCCAGAAACCCGCAGAGCGCGUGCCGACCGGGAUCCCGCUGGGCGUGAGCCUGAACAUGGGCGAAGGGGACGAUUUCGCGGAGCGGCAGAUCGUGGGGCUCCCGGACAAGAUACCUCUGGUGAAGCCGUACUUCAAGAAGCAGAAGCAGCGGAAGCUCGAGGCCAAAUGCGUCCACCGCGCCCUGGAGGACCCCAUACUGACCACCCUGCUGAGCACGGACGCGCUGGUCUCCGGGGAUGGGGUGUUCGUUCCCCGGAGCCAACCGGGCCGGAGCCCGGGCAACCUGUGCGCGGCGGCCGUGGUGAAGCAGAGCUGCAUGGGCCAGGUGUGUCUGAAGGACCAGGGGGCUGCCGACGCCGCAGCUGGAGCCGGAGUGCCGGGCUUGAUGGCCCGGGACGGGGACGUGGAAAUAGCCGAUACUACUGCGGAGCUGGAGGAGACGGAGCGAGCCAAGAUCCCCGAGACGACCCCCGACGGGCCCUGCUUUCAGCUGAAGCCCGGCCUCACAGCGACUGUAAAACCCCCUGGCGGGGAUAUACCUCCCGUAGCUGCACCACAGGCGCCUCACCAAGAGGGGCCAAACAAAAGCAAUGACCUCUUAACCUCUGGGGCGAAACCCCUUCCAGUUAAAGACUGCCUCGGAGUCCGGGACCCCCUGCCCCUCCUGCCGCCGCCCGACAAAGCAGUGCUAUUCCAGGAUAAAAGCGAAGAGGCCUCCUUGGACCUGGUGUUCGAGCUGCUCACGCAGCUCCAGUACCACACGCACCAGUCGGACUCGGUGGACAUCUGUGUGGAUUUCCUCCAGGGACAGUGCGUGUACGGCAGCGACUGUGCCCACCACCACACGGUCCUGCCGUACCACUGGCAGAUCUGCCGGAGCAGCAGCCAGACGUGGCAGAGCAUAGCGGACGACUCCCAGGAGCAGCUGGAGAGACUGUACUGCAACCCGGACAAUGAACAAGUCAGGCUCAAGUUUCAGAGCCGAGUGUUUACCUUAGACUUCGGGGCCAUGCGAGCGUGUGACCUGGAGUUUGACCGCGUUCGACGCCUGUCUACCCCCGCCAGCCCUCUGCCCGCGCCCACCGCCAGCCCCACUCCCACCCCCAGCUGUCACACGGUGUGGAAGUACUACUGCAGGGACAACUUUGGCUGGAGGGAGUACUCCGAGCCGGUGGUGAAGCUCAUCGAGGAGGCCAGUUCGCGGGGCCUUAAGGAGGUCCGAUUCAUUACUCUUCAGAACCAGUAUAUCCUCAAUAUCAGGGAGGGCUUCCAGCAGAACGCCGUCUUUGGCUUCAGGCGUCAGAUCAAGAAGCGGCCCAUGUUCAUGUCCUCUGUGAUGCUCACGCCCCAUCUUCAGACUUUAGGCGGCCUCUCUUCGCCCCCGCUCCCCUGUUCCUCCUCCUCCUCCUCUUUUUCUUCCUCCUCCGUGGACCUCUCCACGCCGCAUCCCCUCUCGCCGACCGCCGCCAACCCGCCCAGCCUGUUUCCGGAGACGUGGCUGCCCAUGACCAUGAGCCAGGACUUCCUGCAGGUGCCGGUGUCGCGCGAGGACCGCAGCUACCGCACCGUGUACAGCCUUUUCCACAAGACGGUGUCGGAGACCAAGUUCAGGAUCAUGAAGAUCCUGCGCGUGCAGAACCCCUUCCUCUGGGAGAAGUACAAGAGGAAGAAGGAGUACAUGUCCCGGCGCCUGUCCGAGCUGGACCGCGUGCUGAGCGAGCGCCACCUCUUCCACGGGACCUCGGCCGACGUGGUGGACGGCAUCUGCAAGCACAACUUCGACCCGCGCGUCUGCGGCAAGCACGCCACCAUGUUCGGCCAGGGCUCCUACUUCGCCCGCAAGGCCGUCUACUCCCACAACUUCUCCAAGCGCUCGCCAAAGGGAGUCCACUGCAUGUUCCUGGCCAAAGUCCUCACGGGCAGAUACACAGUAGGAAACCCCUCCAUGCGACGGCCUCCGCCCAUCAACCCCCGCGACCCUUCCAGUGACCUUUAUGACUCCUGUGUGGACAACUGGGUGGACCCCCAGAUAUACGUCAUCUUCAACGAUGACCAGAGCUACCCUUACUUUAUCAUUUACUACGAGGAGGUACCCAACGUUGUCGCCGUCUGAACCCCCCGGAUCAGACCUGGAUCUGGAUUUGUUUGCAAACACUUCCUCAAAGUUCCUUUCUGGUCUGUUAUGGUGACGGAGCAGCUUCAGAUGCUAAAUUAACUGGGACCCGCUGCUGUAACUGGACUGGACUGGACCUAAAUUCGCACAGCUGCUGCUCAACAACAGGCUCAAAUAAAGUAUGUGAACCAUUUGCUGAUAAACCGAUCCAGGUCUGCGGUUAGCUGGAGUCCAGUACACAACGGAGCGGUGCGGACCGGAACGGGGGAAACGCAUCGAUUAGCAGAGGACGGCGCCGGUUCCAUCCGGCGUUCAGAGGCGGAUGACGGCCGACAACAGCUGCAACAAGGUUGACUCAGCUCGCACACCGCUCUUCGUGCUUAGCUCCAGACAGACGUGGAUUUAAAUAGCUGAUUAUUGCGAAUGCAGGAAAAAAAAACCAAAUCUAGGCCCUUCAUGAUUUUGCUGUAGAGCUUUGGCUGUGAGUGAUCUCCACAUCAGGACGCUUGGCCUCCUGUCCGUACUGUGAACGACCAAAUGAUUUCCUAUUCCCAGUCCGAGGUUUCCAUAGCGACGCGGCCGACACGGAGCCCCCUCCCAAAUCCUUCUCCUACACAACAGGUUAAUGAGUGUUUUCUUCAAGUGUAUGUGUUGCGUGUUUGAAUCUUUUUCUUUCAUGGACAUGAACGUUGUGGCCUCUUCAAGCAGACGAUGGACGCGGGUGUUCGGUGGGACUCCUCUACGGACUGUGAAUGUCCAGGCAGACGUUUCACAUGAAGCCAGUGAUGUUCCUGUUUCGUUUUCGUUCCUUUCGCCUUCUGCGCACACCGCCUCGGUUCCUCGCUGGGGUUUGAAUAUUGUACAGUUUAAUGCCGCGACGCGACGCUGCGGCGCCGACGGAAACAACUCUGGAGCUCAUUUCUGAGACGGUAGACGUGUUCGAUUGAGACAAACUGUACAGGCGUUCUCUUUGUUUAUAUUUGAGCUGUGUGCCUUUUGUUCAUAAAAAUGUUUAUUUAUGUUAGUUUAAUGUAACAUUGAUUAAAUAAAGAAACUAAAAGAGAAAA